ACAAGAUCGAUUCUUUGACAUUAUUUUAGUCAGGGAGUAACUGACGAGUAGACUUUAAGGCUUCAACGAAAACGUUCCACAAGAAACACAGAGUUUGUUUCGGCUAGAUUGAUUCAAAUUUGAAUAUUGAGUCUCAACAAAAACGUCCAAAAGGAACACGGGGAAUAGAUCGAGAGUUUUGGAUAAAAUGGCUACCAAUGGAUUGUUUGUCGGACUGAUUGUAUUACUGACUGUUACACAAGUCUAUACAACAUGUGUGAUACCUACAGCCUUACAAGGGACCUGGGACGUACAGGGUCGAACCAACACUCUGACCUUCACCUCAUCAAUGUUAGUAGGGGUCAAACUGGAUCAGUUUCCUAAUAUUGUCUUCAACUGUUUCACUCAUUCAGGAAAUGAAUUUGUCUUUAGAUCGAAUCUAGAAGAACUAUUUGGUGUAUCAGUGAAAAUUUAUUUUUGUUUGGACUUCGAUCAAGUCUCUUCGUCAGAAUACAAGAUGUACGAACUGACCCAUAAAGUUGGUCUAUAUUAUGAAGAUCGUGCACGUGCAUUCUUACUGUCUGAUGACCCCAAUGUUACUAAGGCUGAUGUUUGUCAACUGAGUAGAUCUACAGUUACACCAAGAAUCAUGAUAAAACGAUAACUUACACCCACUGAUUGUACCCUCAGCCACGAACGGACCAAAUCAUCAACAUACAAAAUGCUCAUAUUAAUUAUUGAACCAAGACCGACAACUCUAGCCCUACCUAGUUUCACAGACGUGAUAUUUGGAUGUGAUAUCGUCACUGUGAUUGCGUAUGAGAAACUGGGAGGGGCUAGAUUGAACCAAGACCGACAACCCUAGCCCUACCUAGUUCCUCAGACGUGAUAUUUGGAUGUGAUAUCGUCACUGUGAUUACGUAUGAGAAACUGGGAGGGGCUAGAUUGAACCAAGUAUUUUAUGCGAUAAAAACCUAUAAACUCGAAUGUUAAAUUAUUGUGUUCCUGUAUUGUUUAUUUUAAUGUAUGUCUUUUGUUUUUGUUAAAUUAAUAUAAUUGAAAAAUGUCAA